AUGCUGGCGGGGAGGGCACGUCAUCUCAUCAGUCAGGGGCCGCUGUCUCUGUGGAAUGGAUGGUCGGACAGCCUCCUCCUCCCGGCUCCCGAGGGCUUGUGCACACCGGCCUGCCUCCACUCGCCUGUGUCCCCUGUCGGAACAGGCGCUCGGCUCCUGACGCACUUCAUUUCGGACAAACCCGUCGAUCUAAAAGCUGACAUGAAGACUGACUCCGGGACUCAGCACGGCGGACAGUGUGCGCACUAUGAGGACCGAGGGAAUAAAACUUUUGAAAAGAAGUCAACGUGGACGUGGACGGGACCGGGCUCUCUCUUCAGCGCCAUGAGGUCUGCGUCUCUGCGGAGUUUGACUUUCCAAACCAGCUGA